AUGAUAAGAACAUUUCUUUAUAAAGGUUCUAUGGGUUCUGAUGGUUCUAUAUAUGAAGAAGCUUUUGAAACCCAAAUUACUAAUACCCAGCAAGAAUGCAAAUGCCAUCUUACCUCUUGCCAACACUUUAUUACAGAAUAUCCUAGCAAAAUAGAGUGCAAUAAAAUUUUAAAUCCAAUAUCGACAGAUAAUAAUUCUCAAGAAAGCGAAAGUGAACAAAAUUCAGACCAAUUGAAUCCAAAUAUAACAUUAGGUUGUUAUUUUCAAAAACCAUUAUCAAGCAAACAAAAGGAAAAACUUGAACAAUUACUUUUAAAAGCAACUAUUUCGUGUGGCUGGGCUUUUUCAUGGGUUAACAAUCCUGAAAUUAAAGAACUUUUUUAUUAUGUGAAUCCUGCAAUCAAAUUACCGAAUCAUAUCCAAACCGAUAAGCUUGGUGUUACCUUAAUGUAUGAUGGUUGGAAAAAUAUUAAAAAAGAGAGCUUAUUAGGGAUCACAUUAAUUAAUUCCAAAGGUAAAACAUUAAUUUGGCUUAAAGAGGAUAAUAUUAAGGUUAAUUGUCUUGUAACAGACUCAGCUUCUGAAUUUAUGGCAGCUCGGUCAUGUCUCCGUACCUCUCAUCUUGAUAAAGCUUGGUUUAAAGAUGAAUCUGAAGUUCUUUUAAAUAAGUUACAACAAUAUCGAGAAAAACAAUAUUCAUUUCAUGAUGAAGAUUAUACAUCUAUUGAGCAGUUAUUUUCUACUAUGGAAGAAGAAGAGGAAACUAUAAGUGAAUUAAAUGAAGAUAUCAUAAAUGAAUUAAGUAAAAAUGUCAUAAGCAAAUUAAAUGAAGAUGCUAUAAAUGAAGAAUCAGAUUUUAAUGAUCAUCCCACUGUUGCAUUAAGCACUAAAUGGAAAUUA